AACACUUCAAUUUUGAUUUCAUGUGGACUUUAACGUAUAUAGGCUACAUUCUAUGUAUUGUCAGUGCGUUAAUUGUAACAAAUCUGUUCAAACUCUCAAAGACUAAUCAUCUAGGUUAAGUAGGGUACAGCUAAUCCGUAUUCUCCCAGUUCAAGUUGAUCCGACACAAUCGGACACCCUGCGUCUAAACGCAGUCAGUCAACCCAGAUAGAGCAUUCCCCGCAAAGACUAAUUAUGAAGCUCCAGUGAAGGUCCACAUAAUGCGUAAAUCCGGACGCCUUGGUAUGCGCCAUACGUCCGUCUGUGCAUUACUGUUAUCCUGAUAAGCUUCUCGGAGUUGUCCCUGCACCGCAGCAUGUCCGUUCUGACUCGUUUGUGCCAUCUACAGAUUUCCACGGCUCUGGAUGAUCGCCGCACACACACUCGGUACAUGUUCCAACUGACCUGCGCUUCCUCCGACUCGUUCUUUUUUCAAACCGGGCUCUUUUCUCGAGGUUUAUCUGGAUAUCGCUUUAGUUUGCGAACGGGAUUGCCGGAGCUUUACUGGAUUCACUACAAAACAAUGAAGAAACAGACAGCAACUGAAACACGGGAAUAAACGGGUGGCGUUCGGAGAGGAAUAACAAUUUAACGAGAGAUCUGGGGAUAAUGGUCUGAUCUAGAAGUGCGUGUGGCCGUUUUCAGCUCAACUUGGUGGAAACUACACAUGCAUGGUGUGGUAGGACUCGGAUAUCAGCGCAGGUCGAUGUGCACAAGAAUGCACCUGCCUUCGUUUCUCUGCUUUUCUUUUCCAUGAAACAGGAAGAGAAGAUGUGUUGAAACAGCAGCACCCGUUUAGAAUUUAGUGCAAAUCAAACGAAUGGAUACGUUUCCAAUGAUUAAGGUGAACGAGUGACCCAAUGAAGUGGAAUACUACUUUAUCGGAGUGCUGGAAGAGAAGUCACCUUGCCCCAGUUCUCCGAGAGCACAGGAGAGAGACAGACAUCUCUGAUUGUUUGUUGCCAGUCGGGAGACGGGAAGACUGAGAGCUUUUUGUGGACUAUUGAGGUGUGAGCCUGCUGUCCGAGAGUGUUUGAAAUCAAGGCUGCGAGAAGAAACCAUAUGGCACAAAACACAAUAUAGGUCCCUGCUUGUGAUUUACCAUGGCCAAAGUGCUCUGCAGCCUCCUUCUCCUGGGAAGCGCAGUGAUGAUGACCACCGCCUGCCCUAAAUAUUGCGUCUGUCAGAACCUCUCAGAGUCCUUGGGCACAUUGUGUCCGUCCAAAGGCUUGCUGUUCGUGCCCCUCGACAUCGACAGGAGAACCGUGGAAUUACGUCUGGGAGGAAACUACAUCAUCAAAAUUACCCAGCAGGACUUCACCAACAUGACGGGCCUUGUGGACCUCACACUGUCACGAAACACCAUCAGCUUCAUCCAGCCCUUCUCCUUUGUAGAUCUGGAAACACUGCGUUCGCUGCACCUGGACAGUAACCGGUUGACAGAGCUUGGCCCAGAUGCCCUGCGAGGCUUGGUGAACUUACAACACCUCAUCCUAAACAACAACCAACUGACUCAUAUCUCCAAAGAAGCAUUCGAUGAUCUGCUGCUCACCUUAGAGGACCUAGAUCUCUCCUACAACAACCUGCGGGGUGUUCCCUGGGACGCCAUUCGCAAAAUGCUCAAUUUACACCAACUAAGCCUGGACCACAACCUCAUCAGCCACAUUGCCGAGGGCACUUUUACUGAUCUCGAAAAGCUUGCGAGGUUGGAUCUUACAUCAAACCGUCUCCAGAAGCUUCCGCCUGAUCCCAUCUUUGCUCGCUCACAGACUAACACCGUACUUAGUACACCGUUUGCCCCGAUCCUGUCUCUCAGCUUUGGUGGGAAUCCUCUUCACUGUAACUGUGAGAUUCUGUGGUUGCGCCGCCUAGAGCGAGAGGACGAUAUGGAAACAUGCGCCUCCCCUCCAAAUCUGAAAGGUCGCUACUUCUGGUAUGUUCGAGAGGAAGAUUUUGUCUGUGAACCACCGUUAAUUACCCAGCAUACCCAUAAGCUUUUGGUCCUAGAGGGACAGACGGCCAGUUUACGUUGCAAGGCUGUGGGUGACCCUAUGCCUCUCAUACAUUGGGUUGCUCCAGACGACCGACUAAUCAGUAACUCAUCCAGGGCUUUAGUGUAUGAAAAUGGUACUUUAGACAUCAUGGUCACCACCUCUAAGGAUUACGGGACGUUUACUUGUAUUGCUGCAAACGCAGCAGGAGAAUCAACAGCCUCAAUUGAGCUCUCCAUUAUCCAGCUUCCCCACCUUAGUAAUGGAACGAACCGCACAUCACAGCCAAAAUCCAGACUAUCUGACAUCACCAGCUCCACUAAAACCGGCAAAGGGGAGACCAAAGCCCAACCAGAACAGAUAGUCUCAGUGUCAGAGGUCACGGCAGUGUCUGCUCUGAUCAAGUGGACGGUUAGCAAAGUGGCACCCAAAGUCAAAAUGUACCAGCUCCAAUACAACUGUUCAGAGGAUGAUGUCCUGAUUUAUAGGAUGAUUCCGGCUAUCAGCAAAUCCUUCUUGGUCAACAACCUGAUGCCAGGGAUGCAGUAUGACCUGUGCGUGUUGGCCAUCUGGGAAGACACCGCCACCACACUCACCGCGACCAACAUAGUUGGCUGUGUGCAAUUCGAGACGAGUGACGAGUACCCCCGCUGCCAGUCACUGAACAGUCAGUUUCUUGGAGGAACUAUGAUCUUGGUGAUUGGCGGAGUGAUCGUAGCCACGUUGUUGGUCUUUAUCGUCAUCCUCAUGGUCCGCUAUAAAGUGAACAGCGGUUUGCAGGUUUCAAAGUUGGUGACGGUGAGCAACACCUACUCCCAGACCAAUGGGAGACCACAGGCCGCACAACGAGCCAACAACGCCGCUCCUACGCCACAGACUCCAAAGACUGUUGUGGUGAUGCGAGACGAGGUGGUGGAGUUUAAGUGUGGCUCCUUGCAGAGUAGCAUCUCGUCCUCUUCGUCCUCCUCGGCUGACUCCCUCGGAAGUGGGAAAGUCGAGUCUUACAACCGACGUGGGGAUUCCAACACCCUGCCCAACCGGUGGAAGCAGUCGUCAUCCAAGGCACGGCCAAACCUGGAUAACCUGCUCGGGGCGUUUGCCUCUCUGGACCUGAGGGUUCCCGCAAGAGAUCCGGGAGGACCGUCUUCCUCGGGAACCAUGGCGAUGGCCAUGAGACCCCCCACUGACAAGGAGCCUCUUCUAGGCCGAGGAGAUUCCGGGAAGCUCGGGACGCUUGUAACGCUGCCAUCGGAGAACAAGCCCAAGCGCAGCCACUCGUUCGACAUGGGCGACUUUGGUGCUUCGCAGUGCCUUAGCUACCCACGACGCAUUAGCAACAUUUGGACUAAGAGGAGUCUCUCGGUCAACGGCAUGCUCCUGCAGUGUGACGAGAGCGAGGGGGAAGGUGAGAAAGCAACAUUUGAUAGCUCUGAGUGGGUCAUGGAGAGUACAGUCUGACAGAGACAUCGGAUUACCUCUGCCAAAAACGAACAAAAAAAAUUACCCAUUUUCCGAACCCAUCAGGUGAAAACGAUAUGAACUUGCUGCAUCAUUUGACGACAAGGACUCGAAUGGCUGUAGUGAAAGGACACCUCAGCAGUGGCCAUGACUGUGUAAUGCAUGAUUUUCCAUGUUAAUAUUGUCCUUCUGUUCAUUUGAUCACAAACAAGUUCAAAGGUUUGCGUCCGAGUCAGGCGAGCAGCCGAGGCCAGGGCUGGUCCUGUUCAUUGAGACCUGGAUGAAGGAUGUCUCCAGUUGCCUUCAAGCAUUAAUGCAGAUGUGAAUUAAUACCCAAGAACAAGGUAUGAGGGGGUAUCUCCAGAGAAGCAGGGGGAAUAAAAGAGAUAAUGUGUCUGACUGUGCACUGCAGUUCGCCAAGAGGAUUUUCUUCAGCUAAGUGGAUGUGCAUCACAAUGGACCAAGUGUUCCCAUGAGAGAGGACUACAUAAUUUAGCAGGUGAAUUGGAAAAAAAUGUAAUGACAUUUUGUAGGAUCUUAUUUUUCUUUUGUCAUUCCUACUUUUUAAGUUAAUUCUAGUGUUACACCAUCCGAUUGAGAAACAAUAUCUUUUUCUGAAGAACACAAUACAAUGUCAUAUUUAAUUUACAUAAAUAUGUAAUUCAGGAAGAUUCCUUUGUCAUAAUCAUAUCUGCAACCUUAAUCUGCUAAUUUUCUGGGAUCAUAACAUUAUGUGCCUGUUUUUCUUCUUUGUUUUCUCAGUGCAUCCAUCACAUUUGCUAUUAGUUUUUAAGUUUGAAAGUUUGGCUGCCGUCUGAUUAAAUAUCUGCAGUUUUCAUUUUGUACUGGUA